CAACUCUUUUAUCUUUUACUCCAUCUUUUGCUAUCGACUUGAAUGCUAUCCGUAUACUUUUGAAGGGAUCUGAGAGGCGAAUUCGCCGUCUUUCGACGCGACCCAAAAGUCCAACCGGCGAUCACCGGACGAAAGCGCGAUGGGGUUGGGUCAAGUGCUUGUGGAAAUCCAACCUCAGGAACUUAAGUUCGCAUUUGAGUUGAAGAAGCAGAUCUCAUGUACUGUUCAACUUGUCAACAAGUCCACAGAUUAUGUUGCUUACAAGGUUAAAACUACAUCUCCUAAGAGAUACUGUGUGCGACCAAAUACAGGCAUCAUUCUACCUAGAUCAACAUGUGACUUUACAGUUACCAUGCAAGCACUAAAGGAAGUUCCACCAGAUAUGCAAUUAAAAGAUAAGUUUCUGGUUCAGAGCACUGUUGUUCCUUAUGGUACUACAGAUGAGGAUAUUAUGCCAAGUUUUUUCUCUAAAGAAAAUGGUAGAUAUAUCCAAGAGAACAAAUUGAGAAUUGUACUUGCAAGCCCUCCACAUUCUCCAGUGGUAGAACCAAUCAAUGGGGUGAGACAGGAGCCAGCUUUAGAAAAUCCUGAUUCAGCUGAGACUUGCAUCUUUGAUGAUGGUGCUCUGCAGCACGAAUUGGCUAAUGAAGUUCCUAUUUUGAGAAAGACUUCUGUUUUGCACAAUGGGGCUCCAAAACAUGAGGCCAUUCAUGAAAAUCCUUUGUUGGAAAAGGCUUGUAUUUCAAGUAAUCAAGCAUUGAAUGAAGUGCCUGACAUUAUCUCUUCUCCAGUUGCUAAAGACAUUGAUGACUUAAAGUUCAAGCUCAACAAUCUUGAAGUGAAACUAAAUGAGGCUGAGAAGACAAUUAUGAGUCUGAAGAAAGAGAAUAAUGCAACCUUGCAAGAGGGAGAGAAAUUGCAGCAAGAAAUUGCUUUGCUGAGACUGAAGAGUUCUGCUAGAGUUCAGGCUGGUUUCCCAUUUUUGUUUGUGGUCUUCAUAUCAUUUGUCGGCAUGACACUUGGAUAUCUUUGGCACUCCUGAAGCUCAUCUCAAAGCUUGAUCCUGCAUCGGUAGCAUCGGACCAUAAUUCAUAGAAGUUGUCACAGCUGUCUCCAUUGUGAAAAAUUCACAUAUUUCAUAUACAAGUCUUCUGAUAGUUCUUACCCAUGUCCAAGAGUAUGACUUGAUGCAUGUAAAAUGGCGAAUUUUAUACCGUGUAUAGGUUGUCUUACCAUUCAUACUAGCCUGCUAUGCAUUUUAUGCCUCUUACAGUGUUAAUAAUUGUGUGUGUAAAGACACUUUGUAUGUGGGAUUAGGGUUUAUCUCGAGACACUCUUGCAAACA